GCUGUGAUACCACAGAGGAUGGAAAGCCGUGCAUGGUCCUAAUCAAGAUGCAGUUCUGCUAGAUCAAAGGAACUGAGCUGGGCAAGAGCAAAGGCGGCUGACAUGCAUUGACCAACAGAAGGUGCUUUCUCCGUUCUCAGUGGUUCUGGGCUGGCAGGAGGACUUAGAAAAGGUCACAGCACUGCUCCAAAGGAAGACUUUAGCUCUUACUAAUUUGCCAGGUCUCUGGACAAAAUGGGCAAUGGAUCAGUGAAACCCAAGCAUCUGAAGCGGCCAGAUAGACAUAUAGCAAACCUCUCUACUGGCUGUGCUGGCAACUAUAAGUUUUUGAAGGACCCAGCUUUGGGCAUCAGUGUGACUGGGCAAGUUGAUGUUCUUUGCAGCAGGGUGCUUGAACUGGAAAAGGAGCUGAAGAGAAAAGAUGAAGAAUUACGAGACAGUGAAUGCCAUGUUGCUGAGCUUCAGGAACAGCUGGCUGUGCAGACUAAGGUCAUAGCAGAACUCACCAAGGAACUUCAGAGCAAGUGUAUACAGCUGAACAAACUGCAGGAUGUUGUUAACAUUCAGGGAGAGAGCUCUCUUCAGGCUUCUCCAUUUAAAGUGGCUCCAAGGAUUAAAGUCUCUGCUAAUAGCAGGAGAGGUGCUAAGGAAGGUGUGUCUGCAGAACCGACAACAUGGCUGUAUGAUCUGAGCAAGCAGGCUAGGUUUUCCUUUGAAAAAGCAAGAGUCAGAAAGGAUUCCAGUGAGAAGAAGCUCAUCACGGAUGCCCUGAAUAAAAAUCAGUUCCUGAAGAGACUGGAGCCUCAGCAGAUUCGGGACAUGGUGGAAUGUAUGUAUGAAAGGACUUACCAGCAAGGGAGUUACAUCAUCAGACAGGGAGAGCCAGGCAAUCACAUUUUUGUACUCGAAGAGGGCAAUCUGGAAGUCUUUCAGCAGAACAAGCUACUCUCCUCAAUACCUGUGUGGACAGCAUUUGGUGAACUAGCCAUUUUAUACAACUGUACGCGGACAGCCUCUGUGAAAGCAAUCACCAAUGUUAAAACAUGGGCAUUGGACAGAGAAGUGUUUCAAAAUAUCAUGAGGGUGACAGCACAAACAAGACAAGAGCAAUACAGAAGCUUCCUUAGAAGUGUGUCCCUGCUGAAAAGCUUACCUGAAGAUAAAUUAACCAAGAUCAUGGACUGCCUGGAGGUGGAGUACUAUGACAAGGGAGAUUAUGUUAUUCGAGAAGGAGAAGAGGGCAGUACCUUCUUUAUCAUAGCAAAAGGAAAGGUGAAAGUUACCCAGAGUACUGCAGGUCACUCACAGCCUCAGCUGAUUAAGACUCUACAUAAGGGAGAUUAUUUUGGGGAGAAGGCUCUGAUUAGUGAUGAUGUCAGAUCAGCCAACAUUAUUGCAGAUGAAAAUGAUGUGGAGUGCCUCGUUAUAGAUAGAGAGACAUUUAAUCAAACUGUUGGAACUUUUGAAGAGCUCCAAACAUACCUUGAGGGUUAUGUAGCUAACCUGGCCCGCGCUGAUGAAAAGCGACAUGCAAAAAGAAGAUCCCUCUGUGGACAGCUGACCAGAGAGGUCUCCUUGGAGAUGAUACAGCUGAAGGAGAAAGUAGCCCAGUUCCCUUCUUCCCCAUUCCAGAAUUUGGAAGUUGUCACAACUCUGGGCGUUGGUGGGUUCGGAAGGGUUGAGCUUGUUAAAGUGAAAAAUGAGAAUGUGGCUUUUGCUAUGAAGUGUAUAAAGAAGAAACAUGUAGUGGACACCAAACAACAAGAGCAUGUCUACUCUGAAAAGAAAAUCCUCGAGGAGAUAUGUUCUCCAUUCAUUGUAAAACUAUACCGCACAUUCAAGGAUAGUAAGUAUGUAUACAUGCUACUGGAGGCCUGCCUUGGAGGGGAAUUGUGGAGCUUGCUGAGAGACAGAGGCAGCUUUGAUGAAUCCACUACUAAGUUCUGUGUUGGGUGUGUGACAGAGGCUUUUGAGUAUCUGCAUCAUAUAGGAAUUAUCUACAGAGACCUGAAGCCAGAAAAUUUAAUUUUGGAUGCUGAAGGAUAUAUAAAACUGGUUGAUUUUGGAUUUGCAAAGAAGAUUGGAUCAGGGCAGAAAACCUGGACGUUUUGUGGAACCCCUGAGUAUGUUGCCCCUGAAGUCAUUCUGAGUAAAGGCCAUGACUUCAGUGUGGAUUUUUGGUCCCUUGGGAUUCUUGUGUAUGAACUCCUUACUGGCAGUCCGCCAUUCUCUGGGGCUGAUCAAAUGAUGACCUAUAAUUUGAUUCUCAAAGGCAUUGAAAAACUGGAUUUUCCUAAAAUAAUAACACGGCGGCCUGAGGAUUUGAUCCGCAGACUCUGCAGGCAAAAUCCUACAGAAAGAUUAGGCAAUCUGAGGAAUGGAAUUAAUGACAUCAAGAAGCACAGAGAACAUGCCUUAGGAGCCAGGAGGGAUGGCGAUUCUUCUUGAGGACAUAGCCAAGGAUCAGUCAGCCUGCACUCAGUGGACAGAAGCACCUUUCCUGCAGUCCUGCACCAGACCGGAGAUGUAGAAAACCCUGAAGAGAAAGAAAGCCCCAUUCCACCGCUUGUGCCAGGCACUGUGUGCAGACUGACCGGAGCGGGAUGCAGUCCUGAUCUUCUGCCAAAGGGCCCAGCGGCUCCAACUCCCUGCCAGGAUGCAGGACACCAGGGCCUGCGCCCCCUCACCUUGUGAGAAGCUGGGUCCCUCGAGCAGUUUCCUGGGAAUGGGCUUCACUUCUCCUAAGGAACAGAGUCGUUGCAGUAUGGUGACUCUCCAGCCUCCUAUGGGGAGUUUGAAAGUUGCCAGGGUCUGCUGCCCACUGGUCGUCCAGGCCGGCCUCCAGCUUAGCCUGCGGCAACCUUCGAGUGUCCCAGUGACACCAGGCCAAGGAGUGGGCUGACGGUGAGAAGUUACAAGGCGAGCCCUACAACACCAGCAGCCUGGGGUUGUAUCUUUCCUCCAGGUCCAGUGCCUCAGAAGCUGCAGAGCAGCAGCCCUCCACAGAAAGCACUGGCGGGAAGCAGAUUUAUACCGACAGGAGGUCUGGCUGUCCAGUGGUUUUGCUAAAGAGCAGGAGAAAAGAACAUCCACGUGCAGAAGCUGAGGGACAGGCUCGAUCGCCGUUUAACACUAUGCUUUCCUGAGGGCACUGUUCCUUUCAGAGCAAAACAAUCUGUGUCAGCCCUCAGCGCUCAGGAUUUGCAGGGCGAUGGCAUCAGGCACCACGGCCCUGACCCGCGGGCUGGUGUCGCCGGCCCCUGGCCCCGCGGAGCCGCCAGCCCAUGUGGCACCCUGAGAGCAGGUGAAUGCACGUGUCUCUGGGAGACCUUUUCUGCGCUCGCUGCCGGGAGCAGCGGUUUUGUUAGCUGAACUAAAUCCCCGUGUCGAGUCUCGGCGGUAACAGCCUGAAGCGGCGGAGGUCUUUCCAGCGCAGCCGCCAGGCGGCGCCGCCGCGCCGGGACCCCGCGCCCGCCCCGCCCGGCCCCGCUGCGGCGGCCGCCGGCUGCGGCUGCUGCUGCGGGCGGCGACCCCGGCCCCGGCCCCGGCCCCGGCCCGGUGAGUGCGGGGAGCCCCUUCCCACCCGGACCCCGGACCCGGCGCGGCGGGGGGGGGGGCGGAAGGGGGGGCUCUGGGGGGCGCCCGCAGGGCCCGGGCGCGGCGCUGGCGGAAGGCGCGGAGCCCUCCCUGGGGGCGGCCCCGGGCCAGGCGGCGGCGGGCCGGGCCGCGGGGCCAACGGAGGGGGCGAGGGCCUUUGCCAGCGCAGGUGAUGCCACGUGGGAGCAGCCGAGCGGGGAAGGCUCAGCCCGAGCCGCGGCGAGGAGCGCAGCGCGGACACGGGGAACGCCGGCGCGGGAGGGAGGCGGCGUCCGGGACAGAGGAGCCCCAGCAGUACUGUCUGGGACGGCCAGUGCAAAUGCCGCAGCUUCACCCCAGCACUCCACUCGCCUCCCUCCUGCCCCGCGCGUGGCCCCACUCCUGGCUGGGGACGACCUGCCUGCGCCCGCCUGGCUCCGGGAAACCCUGCUGGGAGCACCGCGCGGGCUCCUUGCAGCGCUGGCUCCCAACAGCUCAGCUCCAGCUCCAGCGGUGCCCCGACCUGCGCCCGGGGACAGAGGAGCCCCAGCAGGGCUGCCUGGGACGGCCAGUGCCAACGCCCCCGCGUCGCCCCAGCGCCGGCUCUGGGACGCUGCCGCCUGCGCGCAGAGCCUGGGACAGCGUGUCCGGCAGCAGGGGCUGCAUCCCGGCCCCUCUCGCCCCCGCGGGCACCUCGGAGGCGCUGCCUGGUGAGCCGGGGGACGUUUUCCCCCGGUGCCUUCUCCCUGAGGAGCCUGGGGGGUUGUGUCCCUGCGAAGCCGGGAGCACCACGAGGUUUGUUUCCUCCCGGACAGGAGCCGCCCGGCUCCCUGCUCGCAGCAGGACGAUGCCUCCGCUCGCCUCCCUCCCGCCCUGCGCGGGGCCCCGCUCCUGGCUGGGGACGACCUGCCUGCGCCCGCCUGGCUCUGGGCCUCCUUGGGAGCCUGCUGGGAGCACAGCGGGGGCUCCUCGCAGCUCAGCUCCGGCUCCUUAGGGCUCGGCCUCAUGACAGCAGUGGUGGUGACUGACAAGGUCGUAAAUCAAUCACUGUCACAGCUUGCGUAUUAAUAUCAUGGUUCAGUAUUCCAUACAUAUUACACAGUUAGUUUAUUAACAGUGUACAUACUCCAUGCACACAUUGAAUAAAGAGUCCCAGUCUUGUACAAAGGGGGAAUAAACAGGGGAACUGGAA